AUGAAGGCGUCUUCUUUUAAAGAGUCCGUACAAAUCACGACUCUAUUGUUUCUUCUCUUCCUCUUUCAUUCUUAUAGUCACACUCUUCAUAGAAUAACGGCAAGCCAACCUCUCAAAGACGGCGACGUUUUGCUCUCUGAUAGAGCAACCUUUGCCAUGGGUUUCUUCAACCCCAGCAACAAUUCCAGAAACCGCUAUGUCGGAAUAUGGUUUAACAAAUUCUCUAAAUACACUGUUGUGUGGGUAGCCAAUAGAGAAAAUCCUCUGAAUGAUACUUCUGGAGUUUUGUCCAUCACUACCCAUGGAAACAUGGUUCUUGCUCUGAGUAACAUAAACUCGAACCUAAACAACCCUCUUUGGUCGUCCGAUGUUUUGAUCAAAUCUCACAAUAAUGACACCUUUGCUCAGCUUUUCGACACAGGAAACUUGGUUUUACUUGAAAAUGGAGGAAAGAAUCAGAAGGUUCUAUGGCAGAGUUGCGAUUAUGCCUGUGGCACAAUACUUCCAUCUAUGAAACGUGGGUAUGAUCCAAAAACUGGUUUCAAUAGGGUCCUUACAUCAUGGAGAUCCCAUGAUGAUCCUAGUAUUGGGAACAUGAGCUUCAGCAUCGACCCAACAGGCUAUCCUCAACUGUUCACAUAUAAAAAUGGAGCUCCAUUUUGGCGAUGGGGAUCUUGGACAGGUCAAAGAUUUAGUGGCAUACCACAUAUGACACCCAAUUUUGUGUUCAACGUUAGUUAUGUUGACGAUGCUAAUGAAGUUUCCGUAACAGUUAGUGUCCUAGACCCUUCAGUGUUCUUCAGAAUGGUGAUGGACAACACCGGUCACUUUUCACGAACAAUUUGGCAAGCUAGAGAGCAAAGAUGGUUUGAAAUUUGGUCUGGUCCAACAGAUGAUUGUGACAACUACAGAAAGUGUGGAUCAAACAGCAUAUGUGAUGUGUAUAAUAAUAAAAACAGCAAGUUCGAGUGUGUAUGUUUGCCAGGAUUUGAACCCAGGAACUCGCGAGAGUGGUCUGAUGGGAACGGAUCAGGUGGGUGUGUGAGGAAGAAGAAUGUGUCCACGUGUCAAAAUGGCGAGGGGUUUGUGAAGUUAGCACCUGUGGAGGUUCCAGAUACGUCAAAGGCACGUGUGGAUAAGAGUAGGAGCUUGAGCUUGAAAGGGUGUGAAGAGAAGUGCCUAAGGGACUGUUCGUGUGUAGCUUAUACAAGUGCAAAUGAGGUCAAGCAAAGUGGGUGCAUAACGUGGCAUGCUGAUAUGGAAGAUAUUAGGACAUUCAACAAUGUGGGACAAGAAUUGUACGUACGUGUGGAUGCGGCUGAAUUAGCUAAAUAUGAAAACAAGCCUUAUGGUUCUCUUGGCAAGAGAGGGAUGGUGACACUUGUAGUUGUUUCUACCUGCCUAACAACGAUCAUGGUGAUCUCUCUUGUGUUUUGUUUUGUAAAGAACAAGGAACGAGCACAGAGCAGAACUAGAGACUUUCUUGACGGAGAAAGCAAUCCAGAUUUACCGUUAUUUGAUCUGAGUGACAUAGUUGAAGCAACAAACAAUUUCUCAGAUGCUAACAAGCUUGGACAAGGUGGUUUUGGUUCUGUUCAUAAGGGUCUACUUCGUGAUGGAACAACAAUAGCAGUGAAGAGAUUGUUAAAGUAUUCUGGACAAGGCGAUGAAGAAUUCAAAAAUGAAAUUGUUUUAAUUGCAAAACUCCAACAUAGAAACUUGGGAUCCUGCAUCCAAGGAGAAGAGAAGAUGUUGAUCUAUGAAUAUUUACCAAACAAAAGCUUAGACUCUUUCAUUUUUGAUCAUGAAAAGAAAUUACAAUUAAACUGGAGAAAACGAAUCGAUAUCAUUUGUGGAAUUGCAAGAGGAAUCUUAUAUCUUCAUCAAGAUUCAAGAUUACGAACAAUUCAUAGAGAUCUAAAGGCUAGCAAUGUCUUGCUAGACUCUACAUUGAACCCAAAAAUUACAGAUUUUGGUAUGGCUAGAAUAUUUGGUGGAGACCAGAUUGAAACAAGUACAAAUCGUGUUGUUGGAACUUAUGGUUACAUGUCACCUGAAUAUGCGAUGGAAGGAUUGUUCUCAAUAAAGUCAGAUGUAUACAGCUUUGGAGUUUUACUUCUUGAGAUUGUUACUAGUAGAAAGAAUAGUCGUCAUUAUGAUGACAUCCCUUCUACUUUGGUUGGACAUAUUUGGGACCUUUGGAGAGAAAGAAGAGCUAUGGAGAUAGUAGAUCCAUCAUUAAAAAGUGACCCAUGCCAUGAACAUGAAUUUCUAAAAUGCAUCCACAUUGGACUGUUAUGUGUACAAGAGCAUGCAUCAAAUAGGCCAACUAUGUCAGAAUUUGUUUCCAUGUUGGAGAAUGACUCAGCUCUUCCUCCCCCUAAACAACCAGCUUUUGUUUUCAAGAGAACUACUUGUGAUCAUUCAAAUCCAUCAGUUGGUGAAGAAGUUCAUUCAGUAAAUGGAAUGAGCACAACUGUGAUUGAAGCUCGUUGA